AUGGAGGAUACGACUUUGUCAAUAAUAGAAGAGAGGAUGUAUAAGAAGCUUGGGUUGGAUGAAAGCAAGGAAAAAUUGGAAUUGAGCUACAUUCCACUGGUGGUAGGAUGUGAGACACGUUUAAAUAUUGUUGAUGAUGAGGAUCUAUUUGUUUACCUAACGGGCAUGGAUAAAGACAACCGAAGAAGUGUUUUGGUUGUGGAGAGCAGUGGAAGAUCGGGACAAAUAUUGGAACCAAUAGUGGAGCCUGGACCUGUAGAUAAACUCUCGUGGGUGGGUAAAAGUUCGGGUGCUAAGAACUACGAAGAGUUGCAGGCAUUGGAGGAUGAAAUUGGAGCUAAAGCCAUAACUUUGUACGUAGAAGAUAAGCAGGGAAAUAAUGAGGCGAUAGAGGGUGGGAAUAAUGAUGAUGCCACUGCAGAGACGGAUGCCAUUGGAGAGACAGAUACCGCUAUGGAGACAGAUACCGCUAUGGAGACUGAUACCGCUAUGGAGACUGAUACUGCUAUGGAGACGGAUACUGCUAUGGAGACUAAUAACGUUGAGGACAGUAACACUGCUGCGGAGACAGAUAGCGCUGUUCCAACCGCUGAUAAGUCUGUUGAACAGCCACCAGCCAUAAAAAACGAUAAGAGCGUAAUUCAAGAGAUCGUCGAUAGAGCUGCUUUUAGUGAAUGCUAUCAUUAUCUCACCAAAAAGUCGGAUCGUAGACGAUUGGUGAUUGGAUGUUCGCAAGCUAGCUGCAAAUGGGGAUUACGAGCUUCAAAGAUUCCUCAGACAUACAUUUUUUCGAUUAGGAGCUACAAGAGUAAGCAUACAUGCUCGCGGACUAGUCAAAGUGACAGAAACGAUAAGCGAAAAGGGUCAGCAGAACUAGUGUCAGCCUUUUUGAAUGAGGAAUUCCCAGGAGGCUUGGAAAAUCCAAGUCUGAAGGUUAUUAAGGGUCUUGUUAAGUUCAAACUUGGGGUAAUGAUAUCAUACUCGACAGCGUUGCGCGGAAAGAAUCUUUCGGUUUGUGAUCAACAUGGUAAUCCGGAAGAUAGCUACAAGAUGAUGUAUAGCUACUUGUACAUGUUAAAGCAAAUGAAUCCGGGAACAACAACCGAUGUGAAAUUGGAUGAGGCGGGUAAAUUCAAAUACCUCUUCAUAGCCUUGGGAGCUUGCAUUGAGGGGUUUGCAGUUAUGAGGAAAGUGAUAGUUGUGGAUGCGACAUGGCUGAAGAACGGAUAUGGCGGUGUUCUAGUUUUUGCUAAAGCUCAAGAUCCAAAUCAUCACCAUUAUCCACUAGCGUUGGCAGUACUUGAUGGAGAGAAUCAUGCUAGCUGGAUUUGGUUUUUCGAGAUGCUUAAGAGAGCUAUACCAGACUCUUCUGAACUGGUUUUCAUGACUGACAGAAAUCAAAGCCUCAUCUUUGCAGUAGCAAACGUGUAUCCACAGGCUCACCAUGGCCAUUGUUUAUGGCAUUUGAAGAAAAAUGUGAAAGGGCAUGCUUGUAACGUUAACAAAGAUGUAGUCGGGCAUAGAUUCAUGGAAUUGGGCAGAUAUUACACCAUGGCUGACUUCGACUCUGCCUACGAAUUGUUUAAGAGAAGAUAUCCUUCGGCUUGGAAGUAUGUGGAGGAUCAUACUGAAAAAGACAAAUGGGCAAGAGUUUUUUUUCCACGUGACAGGUACAACUUGGACACAAGCAACAGUGUGGAAUCAAUGAACAACGUGUUUAGAGAGGCAAGGAGGUGGGCCUUAAUACCAAUGUUGGAUUUUAUCAUGAAGACAUUCUCGGAUUGGUUUAAUCAACAUCUCAAGGAUGCUCUUUCUAGAUCAGUGGAAACGAAGCUGGUGCCUAUGGUUGAGAACUACUUGCACGAUCUAUGGCCUGUGUGGGAUUAUGAAAAGAUUCCGUGUCUGCACGGUCUGGCUGCGUACAUAUAUUACACUAAGCGCGGUGAUGACGGCGUUGACAUGCGGCGUGAUGUCCAUAUUCACUAUCACGAGCUCUGCUCAAAAUACUAUUGGGCGGAACUGUGGGCAUUGGCGUAUUCUAGGACACUUUAUGUUGUCCCCGACAAGUCUUCCUGGAAUGUACCAGAUGACAUAAAAGAGCUGAACAUCAUACCUCCGAAUCGCAUUACCCGAAAGGGAAGGAGAAGAGUUAAAAGGCAUCCAUCUUAUGGAGAACGACGGAAAAUGACGCAGAACCAGAGGCGGCCAAGGCAAAACUAUGGUUUCAAUUGGUUGUUGUUUGGAAAUGGUGCUAGCCCCUCUGCUUGA